ACCACACCACCGCCGACACACUCUCGCUCGCUCUCGCUAGCUAGCGGGAAACUACUAUGGCGUGGGCGUCUCCGCGCGGCACAGCACCUCAGCUCCUCCUCGUGCUGUCGCUGCUGCUGGCCGCUGCCAGUGCCUCCCUGCUUCCCCUGAGCAAUAAUGCGCCCCCGCCGAGACUUCCGCCGGCGGCGAAGGCAAGGGAGGGCGGCGCCUCGGUGUCGGCGGGGCUGCUCUCCACGCUGCGCGAGGCGCUGGACGCGGUCAAGGACGUCACAUCCAUCAUCUCGUCGUUCCCCAUCGGCGGCAUCCUCGGGGACGGCGGCGGCGACCUCCGCCUGUCGUCCGCCGUCGCCGACUGCCUCGACCUCCUCGACCUCUCCUCCGACGAGAUGUCGUGGUCCAUGUCCAUGUCCACCGACUCGAGCGGGGCGGGCGGCGGCCGCCUCGGCACCGGCGACGCCCGGUCCGACCUGCAGUCCUGGCUGAGCGGCGCGCUCGGGAACCAGGACACCUGCAAGGAAGGCCUGGACGCGACCGGCUCCGUGCUGGGCUCGCUGGUUGCCGCGGGGCUGGACGCCGUCACGUCGCUUCUGGCCGACGGCCUCGGCCAGGUCGCCGGCGGCGACGACGCGACCGCUCCGGCGUCGUCGUUGCCGCCCUCCUCCUCCCGCCGCGGCGCCGCCCCGCCGCGGUGGCUGCGCGCGAGGGAGCGGCGGCUGCUGCAGAUGCCUGUGGGGCCCGGAGGCCUGGCGGUGGACGCCGUGGUGGCGCAGGACGGGAGCGGCAACUUCACGACGGUGGGCGCGGCCGUGGAGGCGGCGCCCGCGCAGAGCGCGGCGCGGUACGUGGUGUACGUGAGGAAGGGCGUGUACAGGGAGACGGUGGAGGUGAAGAAGAAGAAGUGGAACCUGAUGCUGGUCGGCGACGGCAUGGGCGCCACGGUCAUCUCCGGCCGCCGCAGCUACGGCGACGGCUACACCACCUAUCGCAGCGCCACCGUCGCUGUGAACGGCAAGGGCUUCAUCGCGCGGGACCUGACGUUCGAGAACACGGCGGGGCCGGCGAAGCACCAGGCCGUGGCGCUGCGGUGCGACUCGGACCUCUCCGUCUUCUACCGCUGCGCCUUCGAGGGGUACCAGGACACGCUGUACGCGCACUCGCUGCGCCAGUUCUACCGCGACUGCCGCGUCGCGGGCACCGUCGACUUCGUCUUCGGCAACGCCGCCGCCGUGUUCCAGGACUGCGCGCUCCUCGCGCGCCGCCCGCUGCCCGGCCAGAAGAACUCCGUCACCGCGCAGGGCCGCCUCGACGCCAACAUGACCACGGGCUUCGCCUUCCAGUUCUGCAACGUCUCCGCCCACCCCGACCUCCUCCUGCAGCAGCAGCAGCAGCAGGCCCAGUCCAGCAACAGCAACGGGACCGCGACCACGCAGACGUACCUCGGCCGGCCCUGGAAGCCCUACUCCCGGGUGGUGUUCAUGCAGUCGUACAUCGGCGACGUGGUGCGCCCCGAGGGCUGGCUCGCGUGGGACGGGGACUUCGCGCUCGACACGCUCUACUACGGGGAGUACGCCAACACCGGCCCCGGCGCCACCGUCGCCGCGCGGGUCAAGUGGCCCGGCUUCCACGUUAUGACCAGCCCCACCGAGGCCGGCAACUUCACCGUCGCGCAGUUCAUCGAGGGCAACAUGUGGUUGCCGCCCACCGGCGUCAAGUACACCGCCGGACUCACGUCCUGAUCCUCUCUUCAAACCCUGAUGGAUGUAGGCUUUAGUACGUACGUGUACGUAGUAUUUGCAACCUUAUACUCCUAGCACUUUAUAUGCUAGCACAAUAGUCCUACUACAUGCAUGGUACCUCGUAUCUGUGGAGGAGAAUGUAAGGUGGGUUGAUUAGUUGUUUGAUUGGGCCUUUUUAAAC